UCAUUUGAGGUCAUCCCAGUCUCCUUUGAAAUGUUCUCAUACCGUGGCAUGGGUCGUCUGUGAAAUUUUGGCACGACUGAAACGACUCGGGCGACUAUAUGAGAACAAAGCAAACGAAAACCAGAAUAAUAAAAGCAGUAAAGGUUUUCAAGUAGGCACUGCAUGGCUGAAUUUCAUCAUCCAUUUUCAAGAUUGGCUAUAUGUGGCUAUAAUCAGUGUCUAUAUCAUUAUUAGGUAUUGCAUGGGUAUUAUUGCUCUAACUUGAUUUUAAAAUUUAAACCUGAUCGCAGUCUAAUUUCGUCCUCGGUCAUCUGAUGUUUGAGUGUCAAAUAUUCGUGAUGACGUACAUGCAAAAUUUGUUGAUGCAAUGGUAAAUUUGUAAGUUUGUUGUAAAAUGUAACAUGCCGUUGUUUGUUGGUCGAAGAAAAGUUCAACAUGAUAACAUUAAAAGUUUGGAGAAGUUUAUGGAAAGCUUUCCUCAACUUGAGAAAACAUCAAAAGGUUUUGCUCUGGAAGAACCCACAAAAUUUGAUGGAAAAAAGAUUUUGUACAUUGGGCAACGAGAGUAUGGAACAGUUGCCUUCAAUGAUGACUUGAUCGACGUCAUUUGUUCGGAUAGCGCUACAACUUGUCAGAUUGUUGUGAUCCGUCAUGAAGGUACAGGAGAUUGUAGUUUAACCCAUUUAGAUGGUGCGAGCACGAAACAGGCGUUAAUAGACAUGAUCGGGUCGCUCGAAGCCCUUGCUCAAAAUCAAGAUCAACGUAAAAGGUUUCAGCUACACAUCGUUGGUGGAUUUUUGGACAGUCGCAGAAUGUCAGAAAACCUCUUUAUGAAGAUAUUGAGUGUUGUAAUGAAUUUUUCAGUUGACGUCGAGUUAGUGUGUGCUUGUGUUUGUGCUGUAAAUGAUACAAUCCUUAAAGGUCAACAUGUUCCCAAAAUCUAUGGAUUAGGGAUGGAUGUAUCAACUGGUCAGAUUUCCCCAGUUUUUGAGCAGUUUCAAUGCCAAAUACCAGAUGAAACAUUACGUCAUGCGGCUUUGUAUGCUAAGAAACAGUUAGUGAGGCAAGUGUAUUGUUCUCUUAACCGAGAAAUAAGAAUAACACCUUUUGAAGAAUGUUUUCCUCGCAAGACCUCUAGAAUUAUUGCCAAUCUUUCCGAUGAAGACCUUCUUACUGAGACAUUCUCAACUUCACCACAUUGUGAGCCCGCAAAUUUCUGCACUAAGUUACGAGAGGUGCAUCAAUUUUUAGUGGAAAACAAGAACAUUCAAGAGACAUUUUUUCCCGAAGGAAAUCCCAGGCCAUUUCAAUGUAGACACGGGGGCGUUUGGGCGUUGGUGUUGAAAUGAAAUCGCAAAGUAGCACAUUUGUUAUAUUAUGUUAACAUAUCAACUUAAUUUACACUUAAAAUUUUCUUUUGGAACUUGCUAAGUUGAUAUGUUUGACAUAUCGUAUAAAGGGAAAACUGCUUUUCUUUGAGCAUAUUUUUUUACCUGCCCAAAUAUCGUGACUUAAAACUAGGAGUUACUAACACAAGGGAAGUGCUGCCUCUGCCCCCAUCCAGUGGGCUAAAACUGCUAUUUACAAUUUGCUACUGCGUGUUUUCCAUCAUUUAUCAUCUGCCAUAAACAACACAAUAACGAAUGGACAAAGUAAAAACACAACAACAAGCCGCAAUAACUUGUAUACUUAGUCAUUGAACAAAGACAAGCUAAUUCUCAUUAUUCAUGGCAUUCCCAUUAUUGAAAGUGAUAAAUCGUAGUGUUUUGAAAGUGUGAUGGCUUUGUGAUUAAUAACCCAGUUCUUCAUAAGUACAUGUAGAAAUCUACAAAAAAAGAUUGUAUUUAAAAACACUUGCACUAUCACUUGCACUUGAGUGUGAGAAAACAAUAUACUAAGCUCGAAAAAAUAACUUACCUUUUAUUGUUUUUGCUGAUGAUCUUAUUUGCAAACAUUAUACAUACAGUGAUUAUGGACAUGAAAUUGAUUUGUUGUACAGGACUGAUUACACAUUACAUUAAACAAAGAUGAAUGGGACCUACAGGAGAAUCCUGUGUCUUUUGCAAACUGUAGAGUUUGUUCAUUUAAGUGCACUGCUGUAAGAAGUCUGUGCUAAAUUAUC